GCAUCAAUCAAUAAACACAACUUCCGACUCUGCUUUUGCUCUAGGUUUUCUUUGUCCAAAACAGAAAAAGAAUCUGAAUCAAUGGCAACAACAACGACGAAGACCCAGAAGAGUCAAGGAUCGGAGUCACAAGAGAAUGCGAACAAGAUUACGGAGAAGCGAAAGCCGGUCUUUGUUAAGGUGGAUCAGCUGACGCCGGGAACCAACGGCCACAAUCUGAUCGUCAAGGUCUUGAACUCCAACACCGUAUUGCAGAAGGGCCGCGCCGCCUCCCAGCACCUUCGCCAAACCCGGAUUUCCGAAUGCCUUAUUGGUGAUGAGACUGGCACUAUUCUCUUCACUGCUCGUAACGAUCAAGUUGAUGUGAUGAAGCCUGGCACGACACUAAUUCUUCGUAAUGCUAAGAUUGACAUGUUCAAGAGUUCAAUGAGGUUAGCUGUUGACAAAUGGGGCCGCGUUGAAGUCACCCAACCUGCUGAAUUUGUAGUUAAGGAGGAUAACAAUCUGUCCUUGGUUGAAUAUGAAUUGGUGAAUGUGACUGAAGAGUGACACAAAUAUUGCAGAAGUAUGGCUUGUUUUGAUGCUUAAAAGGAGGACUACUACUUUGUUGAAGUUCAAAGGCAUGUGGUUGUUUUACCCUUUGGCCUCUUGAAUUACUAUUAUUGGGGUGCAAGUUUUGUCUAGUUGACUAACUGGACACAGAUAAGCUAUUAUCUUGUUAACUUCGCAAGGAUUUGUUUGAUGUGAUUUGAAUAGUAAAUGUCUAAAUGAUGUCUUUUAUGUCUCUGAUCAACAAAUAUUGGUUGCUUUAUGUGGAUAAGCAAAUUAUUCAAGUGCUAAUUAACAGUCCUGUCUUCAGUUCAGUCAACUUGGGCUCA